AUGGUCGGGCCACUCAAGAAGGCACCAGAAGGGUUCACCCACUUACUUGUCGCAAUCGACAAGUUUGCAAAAUGGAUAGAAGCAAAACCGAUAACCACGAUCGACUCAAAGGAGGCCGUCAAGUUCUUCCUGGAAAUCGAUUACAGAUUCGACGUGCCCAACUCCAUCACCGACAACGGGACCAACUUCACAGGUCACUACUUCCAAGAGUUCGCGGAAGGAUAUGGGAUCCGGAUCGACUGGGCAUCGGUCGGAAACCUGCGCACAAACGGGCAAGUAGAAAGAGCUAACAGCCUAAUCCUCCAAGGGCUCAAACCGCACAUUUUUUACAUGCUCAAAAAGUUCGCGGGUCGUUGGGUGGAAGAGCUGCCGGCAGUGCUCUGGAGCUUGCGAACCACACCUAACCGGUCCACAAGACUAACACCUUUCUUCCUAACAUACGGCUCCGAGGCCGUGCUGCAUUCCGAUCUGGACUAUGGUGCACCAAGAGUCAAAGAUUUUGACCCAGAAACGGCAGCCGAAGCCCAGAGGGAUGCCAUGAAAGUCUUAGAGGAAGCAAGGCUACCAACGCUACACCGAUCAGCCCGCUACCAACAAACUUUACGCAGGUACCACAAGUGGCGCAUCCGGGAGAGGAUGCUGCAGGUCGCAAAUCUGGUCCUGCGAUGGGUCAUGUCGACGAAGGACAAGCACAAACUCUCGCUGCCAUGGGAAGGCCCCUACAGCAUCACAUAG